AUGGCGCGCAUCCUUUUCCUGGAGCCAUUCUAUGGUGGAUCGCACAAACAAUUGAUUGAUCUUCUGUUGGAAAAUUUCAAUGCAGAGGAGUACGAUUUAUUUACCAUUCCUGCGAAAAAAUGGCACUGGUGUGCAAGGAUGAGUGCUUUGCACUUUGCCGAACGGAUUCCUACCGCACAUCGAUACAACACUCUUUUCUGCAGUUCCGUUCUUAACCUUUCGGAGCUGAUUGGAAUACGACCAGAUUUAGUAAGGUGCCGCAAAGUAAUUUACUUUCACGAAAAUCAGCUGUGCUAUCCGGUGAGGGAUGUGAAACAACGGGACGUUCAGUACGGAAUCAACCAGAUUACAGCAUGCAUGAGUGCUGAUAUCGUUCUUUUCAACUCGUGGUACAAUUUGCGCUCGUUUUUGGAAAGUAUUUCAACAUUUUUGAAUAUCGUGCCAAACAUGAGUUUUAAAGCACUGCGCGAGAAAAUUGCUCCCAAAUGCGACGUGCUGUACUUUCCGAUUCUAUUUCGGAACAUCCCGACGAGAUCUAUGGAGCAAGAGGCAGCCAAACAAAAACCUCUGCACAUAAUAUGGCCUCACCGAUGGGAGCAUGACAAAAAUCCACAACAGCUUGUGGAUGCCUUGUUAACUUUGCAAGAGAAAGGCGUAAAUUUUCAAGUUUCUAUACUGGGUGAACGGUUUGAAACUAUCCCGGAAUGUUUCCUAAAUCUGCAGGACCGAUUACAAGGCAAGGUGAUCAAUUUUGGUCCCCUGUCUAAAGAAGAAUAUCACAAAACGUUAGUUGACGGAGACGUAGUCCUUUCUACGGCACUGCACGAGUUCUACGGUGUAGCAAUGCUCGAAGCUGUUUACAGUGGAUGUGUCCCACUGGCACCGAAUCGUCUGGUGUAUCCGGAGCUAUAUCCAAAGGACAAACUGUUUAACACGACAGCGCAGUUAGUUAAACAAUUGUACAAUUGGUGCCGAAAUCAAGCACUUUUCCGAAGACAUCGAGAUGCAUUUUUCAGCGAAAUCAAGCUGGAUAUUUACUCUUCAGAAGAGCUAGUUCCAAAGUUUGUCUCAUUGAUUCGAAAAGAGUCUACGUAG